GGUUUUGAAUUCGUACCGUGCUGUGUGGAUGCUGUUUGUAUUUCAUCGUUGCAUGUGUUCUUAAUUUCAUUAGAAUUGGCCGAAUAUGAACGGAAUGUGAAUCGACAAAUUCACAAAUAUAAUGCAUACAGGUAUAAGAAUAGUUUAAAAACUAAUAUUGUGAAUAUCUGGUUUGCUUAUGCGAAUUACUGUACUAUCCCACCCUUGUUAUUUUUCUCAUUCAACUCAAAACGAUUCUCUUCUCACUUUUCCCGUUUCCUGUUAUAUGCUUUUUAAACAUGCAUGGUUUUCAAUAUCUUUGUUAAAAUUAAAUUUAGUGCCAUGAUGAUAAAAACAUUUUGUAUAUCUUGCAUUAAAAUGCAUUGUUUUCUCAGGAAGGCUGCCGCAGUACUGGCCAAGCACCCUACCAAAUUAACAAGUGGAAAAGAAGCAAGAAAAUUG